GCAAUUCAGGUUGCCGUGGCUGUGACUGGGUCCCUCGCCUGGACUGUGUUGACUUGCUCCUCUCUGGAUGCUUUUGGACGAGUUGGUGGACAGCUGAGAGCGGCUAGCUGUCAGCAGAGCUCUGCUGUUUCCGGCCACCGGUUGUACCUGGAACCUUAUCCUGCUGACAUCUGGCAACAAUUUUUAUUUUUUGGAUGGAGCAGUUGUGAUCCCUCUAAUCCUUUCUUGUGCUGGUUCGCUCUUAAAUACCAAAGGCUGGAGAUUUGAUACUGGUCAAUGUAUAUAGCACUUACCUCAACUCCCCCAGAAAUGAAUGCCAACAGUAUGCCUAAACAAGUGGAGGUGAGGAUGCAUGAGAGUCACCUGGAGCCCAUUGAGGCCAGGCCUCAGUCGAAAUGUGCCAAAAUCUGCUCCAAAAUGUUCAAGAACCUUCUGCUCACACUCACCGUCCUCGGUGUGAUCUUGGGAGCUGUAGCAGGGAUGUUGCUUCGUGUUGCCUCCCCGAUCCACCCAGAUAUUGUCAUGGUGAUUGCUUUUCCCGGAGACAUCCUGAUGAGGAUGCUGAAGAUGUUGAUCCUGCCUCUCAUCAUCUCCAGUUUAAUCACAGGUCUGGCCGGUCUGGACGCCAAAUCUAGCGGUCGCCUGGGCACCAGAGCUAUGGUCUACUACAUGUCCACCACUGUUAUUGCUGCUAUCCUGGGAGUCAUCCUGGUGUUAGUUAUCCACCCCGGCAACCCCAAACUGAAGGAGAAUCUGGGCGAGGGCGAGAAAAAUGAUGACGUGUCCAGCUUGGAUGCCUUCUUUGAUCUGAUCAGGAACCUGUUCCCAGAGAACCUGGUGCAGGCUUGUUUCCAGCAGAUUCAAACGGUCACAAAGAAGGUGGAGGUGAUCGUUGAGGAGGACGUCAAUGCCACCGCUGUGGAGGGCCUGGUGGCUAACCUCACCAAGGAACCUCAGUUCAUAAUCAAAAAGUCACUGCAGUUCAAAAGUGGCAUGAAUGUUUUGGGUUUGAUUGGUUUCUUUAUUGCAUUUGGCAUCUGCAUGGGCAAGAUGGGAGAGAAAGCCAAACUCAUGAUUGAUUUCUUCAACAUCCUCAAUGAGAUUGUGAUGAAGCUUGUCAUCAUGAUCAUGUGGUACUCUCCCUUCGGUAUCGCCUGUUUGAUUUGUGGCAAGAUCAUCUCCAUCAAGGACUUGGAGGUGGUGGCCAGGCAGCUGGGCAUGUACAUGAUCACUGUGAUUAUUGGCCUCAUCAUCCACGGAGCAAUCUUCCUGCCCAGCAUUUACUUUGUUAUCGUCAGGAAAAACCCCUUCACCUUCUUCCUGGGGAUCUUCCAGGCCUGGAUCACUGCUCUGGGGACAGCCUCCAGUGCUGGUACACUGCCUGUCACCUUCCGUUGUCUGGAGGAGAACUUGGGUAUUGACAAAAGAGUCACUCGUUUUGUGCUCCCAGUCGGUGCCACCAUCAACAUGGAUGGAACUGCUCUGUAUGAGGCUGUGGCUGCCAUCUUCAUUGCCCAGAUGAACGGCAUCUACCUUGACCCUGGUCAGAUUGUCACAGUCAGUCUGACAGCCACCUUGGCCAGUGUUGGGGCAGCCAGUAUUCCCAGUGCUGGUCUGGUGACUAUGCUGCUGAUCCUGACCGCUGUCGGCCUGCCAACCCAAGACAUCAGUCUGCUGGUUGCUGUCGACUGGCUGCUGGAUCGAUUCAGGACCUCAGUGAAUGUGGUGGGUGACUCCUACGGUGCAGGCAUCGUGUACCACAUGUCCAAGGCGGAGCUGGAAGAGCUGGACGCUCACAUGGCUAAAUCUGACGACAUUGAAAUGAUGACGAAGACCCAAUCUUAUUACGAUGACAUGAAGAACCACCACGAAAACAAUUCCAACCAGUGCGUCUUAACUGCUACUGCUACCACCACUGCCACCACCACUGCUAACAAUUCUGUCGUAGUAGAUGAAUGCAAGGUAACCUCAGCCACUAACGGCUCUGCUGCGGAGUGCACGCUUGUUGAGGAGGAACCAUGGAAACAUGAAUAAUGGCAGCACAGAGAUCCCCUGCUCCUGGGCUCCACAAGCUUUCCUAUCUGGUGAUAUAUAUAUAUAAAAAGAGGAGUGAAUGAAAAGUCACACAAACAGAACUACUAAUUGUUUUUAUGUAGCUUAGUUUUCUUUUUUAAUUAGUCCCUUUAAAAAAGGUUUUUGUAACUGUCUAUAUGACUGAUAUAUGUAUAUAUAUAUACAUAUACAUAUAUAUAUAUAUAUAUACAUAUAUAUAUAUAUAUAAAAUACUAAUUCACUUAACCGUGAAAUGAUAAUAUAGGUAUACCAAACCUGAUAGAGCGCAAUUAUGUCCUGUAUAGCAGAUACUUGCACAACAUACUUCAAGGCUUGGGGAGGGAAGGAAGAGAGAAAUAAAUAUAUGUUAGAUAGGCUGUUUUUAGCAAUACAUCUUGGUUCUAUGUUUAUAUGAAGAGAGAAGUGGCAGUAUAACAUGGGGAUGCACUGGCACCAACUUCCAACAGACACGUGAAAAUUAGAGCAUUGUGACAACAAAUGUAAUGUACUCAACAUCCUUGCUUUGCAUCCUUGUUGUUAACAUCAGAAUAUGUGCAUGAGGCCGCUGCUUUUUCCUUAUCCAUAUCUUACCUAUCAGAGUCCUUAAAGUGCAUCUGGAUGCAAUUAUAUUUGCCUAAUAUUACCUAUAAUCCCUGAGGACAAGCAAAUGGCUGAAAAGAGUCGGGGAGAGUGAACAGGAAAACAACGCUGAGCCUCAUAACUUACAAGCACUAUCAAUAAGUGGAAUUAUAAAGCACAAAUCCUAUCACGGAGCCUGUUUUUAUCCCCAUUUUUUGUGUACUGUUUAGAAAAGGGACUUCUUUGUGUCACCUGCUGAGUGAGAUUUGAAACUAAUUUGUGUGUGUGAUACAGUGAGACAGCUGAGGUUAAAAACAUGAACAAGUCAAUUAUGCGUAGGGACCAAACGGGCAGAAAAUCAAUCAACUGACAGAGGCCUUCCAACUGCCUCCAUGACGAAACAUAAGUUUUCUUAAGUUGUCCAUUGAUGUCAUUUUAAGCCGACUGGCACAGCAGUUUGAGGUUAAUACGUUUGCCGAUGGAGCCUCAAAACCUAAAGCUAAGAAAACCACUGCCCUAAAUACAUAACUUUAUACAGUACUUUCCUUUUAUGUCCUCCAGAAAACUACCCUUUUGAUGCCAAUGAAAUUAAAAUUAAAUGAAUUUCAAAAUAAAAUAAAUUUUAAAAAAAUGAUAUAACUGAGCACAAAUAAAUGAUUUUAUAGAGCACAAAUGAAGUGAAAGAGCACAAAUGAAGCCAAAAUGCUAGUGAGGUUAAAUUAUAAGUGAGUGGCAUAAUCAAAGUCAUGCAUAUUAUCCUUCCAUGUUGACUGCAUUCCAAGUUUAAAAAAGGCAUUUUUAGAACUCAAUAUGUGAAAGAUACUCAGGCUUGUAUGUUUACUCUUCACAGGGAACAAAAAUAAUGUAGUAAUCCCUAAAAUGUUUACUUGCUCUUUAGAGCUGCUCACCUCAAACAAAUGGCCUCUUAACAGCACAACUUCUGAAAGCUUUGACUCUAAAAAAAAAAAACGUUGACAGAGAAAGUAAUAUUGUAAUGGGAUGGAGAGGGAGGUUUCCCAGCACAAUCAGAAAGCACACACACGUUUCCGACUACAUUCCAGCGGCUGAAUGAUCCUGUGAACCAGUGUACUGUCUAAGGAGCAGUUAUUAUUAAACACUGGCAGAGCACAGAAGGCGAACCAGCAGAAACAUAAAAAAAGAAAGAAAGAAACCAAGAGAGAAGCAGAGCAGCUCUCAGCUGUCAGAUAGAUUCUUGGCUCGCACAAACAGAGACAGAUCAUUGAUAUAACACUCUUCGGGGAGGCUUGCCAGCUUCUUGUUUAGCCAGACCUAUAAAGGUAAACAAUAUAUUUUCUUCUGCCACCAGAGCUCAAGACUGUUUCUACAAACCCUAGAUGCUGCAGCUGUAUGUCCAUAUUAGUGAGAAGGCGCUUUUUUUGUUUCAUAGGAAGCUCAGAUCAGAACAAUGGACAUACACCGUAACAUGCAUUAUGCCAGAAUGUUGCCAACCAUCAGGUAAUAGAAAUAUAAUCCUCUCAUAGAACCAAAUGACUUAAAAAAAAAAGUGGCAAACACACAAACAUAGCAGGACUACUGGCUGUUAAUCUUUUUUAGCCUGUGUGAGUGAGACUUCUGUGAUGUGGAUUUGAUUUCUGUCGUCAUCACUGUAUCCUUCUCUCUCUGCUCUCUUGUUUCUUUUGUGCUUAAUGACAACCAUGCCUUGAAGGUGUUCAACUUCGAAACAAAUUAAAGUAACAGUAGGAACGUUAACGCAACAGGUAGUGCAGCACUCUGUCCUGUAGUUCCUCGAGCACUUUUUUUGGGGGGUUUCCAAGCUCGAUUAACACAAGUGUGCUUUGAUACACCGUAGCGCACACUUGGUGUUGUGCUCGACACACUGCAUAGACUGACGCAUUCAGACACAUCUGUGUUGGUUUUUUUUUCUAGACACACACAUACAAACAGAUGCAAAAAGAGUCUUAAACCUGAAAGGUCACUACAUUUAUAUAAUUGUAAUCAGCGAGCUGCAGAGCACAACACUGACACCCUAACAGGCUUUUUGAGGCCUCAUCUUUUGACCUUGUGAUCUUCAGGAAAUAAAGAAAAUAAUAAUAAAAAAACCAUGUCUCCAGUAAGGAGACAAUGCAGACCAUAGUGUCACCAAUGGGGAUUGAGUGUUGAACCACUAUUAUGUUCAAACUCACAGUUUUAGAAGCAUGAAUAAAAUAAAAAUGAUAAUUAUUUUUUGCACCACUAUCUUAAAAGCAUGAUAUAUUGAAGUGCCUCCUUGCACUUUGUGUAUAUAUUGUAGGUAACAGAUGUUUUUUUGUUUUGUUUUGUUCCUUUAUUGUUUCUUUUGGGGGGCAUUGAAAUGUUAUAUAGGAAUAUAGUUUCAUUGCUGUGACAUUUUUAAUGUAAUCCUCUAGAGAGAGAGAAAAAAAUCAUCUAUGUCCUGAGUAAAAUUAGAUUAGAUGAAAUGUAUAGAGAGGAAAUCGUGUAAUAAAUUGCUUGUUUUUUUAUUCUCUAAUAGCUGUUAACUAGUUGGUUUACUUACCUGUCACACACCAAUAUAUAAAUAUCUUUUUUUGUAUCUAAUGUAAGCGUUUUGAAUGUUUGUUCCAUGAAGAUAUAAGCAGUGUGAAUUCAUUUUCAUUGUACAUACAUAAAUAUAUAAUUGUUCUGUUCAGUGGCAAUGCAGAAUUUUCCGGAUAUUGCAGUGAUCCUGAAAAAAACACUGUUUGCAUGAAGACAAGAAAGAAAGAGAGUGAGAAAGAACAAGAUUUUUUUUAAAAAAAAGAGCAAGGGGAAGUUUCUGGUUUCAUAAAAGGGGCCAAUAUGAGUCAUUGGGGUGGAAAUUACUGUGAUAAAGGUUCGAGAAUAGAAAGACAAAUGGAGGAAAAGAUCAAAUUUGCCCUGUAUGUAGGAUAGAGCGAAGAAUCAAACACAGCCUAGUAGUUGAUUUGAGAGGAAGAACAAACAUCAAUCGUAUUCAGUAUUACAGUAUAGAGCAACUUUCCUCAGGUGAGCCAUCUGAAACAUUUUGUCUUAUCAAAGGAAAAAAGAAAAGAUUCUAGUCUCAGGCGUCUUUGUUUACCUGUUGCAUUUCAAGUUGCAACACGUGGACAUCUAGAUCUUUUAGAUUCUCUGUUAGCCUUCCUACGUACCACAUCUUCACACAUUCGACCUCUGUUGUGCCAUCGCCAUCCAAGAGGUUUAUAAAAAUCCCACUUGGUAAAACUGCCUUUACUCCACUUGCCUUUUUGCUGUCUACACAAACAAUAUGCACACACAAACACCUGGAACCUGCUCAGCUAAAUGGUACAUGGAAACCGAUCGACACAGAGCCAGUAUAUAUCUUCAAGCUUGUCCUUUUCUACUGAAAUGUGUCUUUUUGAAGAAGCUCCUAAACAGAGCUGAUAACCUGUCUCACUCCUGCCUACAAUGUGCUUUCCACAUCUUACUUUUCUAGGCCUUCCCUCUUUGUAAAGCUGUUGUAAUCUUGAUGUAAAGGCAGAGAGUAUGUGUGGGGAGGGGGGAAUACACUAUCGAGAAAAAAAUGUUUAAAAGAAAAAAACAUGAAUUCUUUCCUCGGUCUAUGGUAUACAUAAAAAUCUGUUUCUACAUAUCAAUAAGUGGUGUACCUUUGGUGUACAUAUACAAAUAUAACUAAUAAAUGUUUAUUCAUAACUAA